ACAAUGAUUAUGUUUCCAAACUGCAAAUUCAAAAACUUGAGGCCCCAAAAUGCAAAUUCAACACUUUCAUUUUCUCCCCUUCUUUCUUCUUCUUCUUCUUCUCUCAACUGGCUGUUUUGCUAAGCUUCACCAUAACUAUUACCAUAAUUCAUGCCCAAAUGUUGAGUCCAUUGUGACAGCUGCAGUGAAGCAGAAAUUUGAACAGACGUUUGUUACUGCUCCCGCUACUCUCCGCCUCUUUUUUCACGAUUGUUUUGUUCGGGGUUGUGAUGCUUCUGUGCUGCUUCAUUCGAAUAACCACACUUCUGAGAAAGACAAUGCUGAUAAUCUUUCGCUCGCCGGAGACGGGUUUGAUACUGUAAUCAAAGCUAAGGCUGCUGUCGAUAGCGUGCCGGAAUGUAAGAACAAGGUGUCUUGUGCUGACAUAUUGGCUCUUGCUACUAGAGAUGUUGUAGCUUUGACUGGAGGACCGUCGUAUGCGGUGGAGUUGGGAAGGCGAGACGGGCGGAUCUCGACACGAAAGAGCGUUCGACACCAUCUUCCUUUACCUGAUUUUGGAUUGGAUCAGCUGAAUGCCAUGUUUGCAAGACAUGGUCUAUCUCAAACAGACAUGAUUGCUCUCUCAGGUGCACAUACAAUUGGGUUCUCACACUGCAAGCACUUCUCCAAAAGGCUAUAUAGCUUCCACAGCAAAAACCGAAUCGACCCGACGUUCAAUCCAAGCUACGUCGACGAGCUCAAGAGGGAAUGCCCGAGGAACGUGGACCAGAGAAUUGCUGUGGACAUGGACUCGAGGUCGUCGUUCACGUUCGACAACGUGUACUUCAAGAAUUUGCAGAUGGGAAAAGGGCUGUUCACCUCAGACCAAGUGUUGUUCACAGAUAGAAGAUCAAGGGAAACAGUGAACUUAUUUGCUUCCAACAAUUCAGCCUUUGAAGAGGCUUUUGUGGUUGCAAUGAAAAAGCUUGGGAGAGUGGGAGUCAAAACAAGAAACCAAGGGGAGAUCAGAAUUGACUGUUCUUCACUCAACUAAAAUAAUAAUCAUCUCUGUUGGUUUUAACAAUUUACUAAUAAAUUUUAAGAAAAAAAAAAGAGAAUUUGUUUCAAUAGAUUCUCGUUCUCGUUUGCA